CGUGUGCCGAAUUUACCAUGCUCCAGCAUCUCGUCCGCGCCACGGGACGGCGAUGGCGACGCCCGACGCUCGAACGAAGCGCGAUGUACAGCAUGGAAGCGUUCAUGGAGUUUGAGCGCGAGCUCGCGAGGAAGCGCCGGGCGGAGCAGCCUCCGCAGGCGCCCAAGACGCUUCGCCUCCAGCCGCCCGUGCAGCCCCAAGACGGCGAUUGCUGCAACCUCAACUGUCCCAACUGCGUCUUGCUCGUGUACCAGGAGCAGCUUAUGGAGUACGAGGACAGCGUGCGCUGGAGCGAGAUGGGUGCGCAGAUGACGCUGCCGCCGCCAGCUCCCGUCGACACCGUCCUCACGAUUGCAGAGAUUUCGAGCCUCCCACUUGACGUCGCCCAUCGACCGACCGACGUGGAGCUGCUGCCCGUGCGUGUCAAUACCGAGCUCGGCGCGUCCAGCGUUCGCCACAUUGAAGUUGACAUUUGCACGCCGUACAAGACUGCCGACAACCUCGUCGUGCACAUGCGCAACGCUGAGAGCGCGGUCGCUGCCUGCGCGGCGCGGCUAUGCGUGGACUUGGACACUGUGCUCCGCGUGGAGUCCUGCGCCAACCUGCCACCAACCUAUCUCGGCGCGUGGACGACAGUCGCGGCCCUUCUCACAUGGGCUGUUGACCUGACGUCGCCGCUGCGGCCACGUCAUUUGCGCUUGCUGGCAGCAUACGCAACAGACGCCGCCGACCAAGCAGCGGUAUUGGCGCUUGCUCAGACUUGGGCCAACGACGGCGACGCCCCAAAUGUGGUCGAUCUGCUCUCGCAGUUUCCAUCGAUGGCGCUGUCCCUUGAAGCGCUCCUCGCCGUGGCCCCGCCGCUACUCGCACGACAGUACACGGUCGCAUCAUCGGCGGAAGUGCAGCCGUCGACGGUCGCGGUCGCGGUGAGCCUCAAGUCGCGCGGCCGGUGCGCCAUCAACUUGGCGUCGGUGUCGUCGCAGAUUUUUGGCUACGUCAAGCGCUCGAGCUUUAGCGUGCUGCCGCCUUCGAGCUCGCCGCUGCUGUGUAUUGGCACGGGCACGGGCAUUGCGCCGUUCCGGGCGAUGACGCAGGCGCGAUGCCACGACGUGACGCGUGCAUGGUCACCGAUACUUCUCUUCCAAGGGUCGCAGCGACGCGACACCGACUGGCUCUACCACGCCGAGUUUGAAGCCGCGACAAACGCCGGCGUUCUACGUGGGUACUACCCCGUCUUUUCGCGCGAGCCUGGCACGGCAAAACAGUAUGUGCAAGAUGCAUUGCGCGCAUACGCCAGCCUCGUUGCCAAGGCCCUUGUCGAGGACGGAGCGACCGUGUGCGUUUGCGGGUCCUUGGCCAUGGGCCGAGACGUCAAGCACGCGCUCGUGGCCUGCCUCGUCGACGCUUAUGGCUGGACGGACGCCGCCGCCAAGGCGUUCAUCGCGCGCCUCCAAGGCGACGGCAAGUACAUUGCCGAAGUGUGGUAGCCAAACCAAGAAAAAGGGGUUUCUCAAGCAACUUGAACACUGUAC